AUGCCGCGUGGUGAUUGCCCUCGCCGUGGCCCCGUGGGCGACGCUGACACUGUCGGCUUGACCAGGGCGUUGCAGUCGUUCGUGGACGCCAACUUGGACGAGGACGCCGCGCGGGAGGACGGUUGCUUGCUGAAGUUGUUCGACCUCGGCGAGCACAUGACACGCAAGGGCCCGUCCACCUUCAAGGACCCUCCGAAGAUGCGCACGAUUGCUCGGAACGCUGAUGUGAUCAAGAUCAUCGCGCGGUACAGUCCCAAAGGCGACGGCAACGUGAAGCACGACGAGUUGAGGAGGUGUUUCGCUUCGGUGUUGGAGAGUCGCGCUUCUAGCUCGUACUUCAAGCAGAAUGUUCGCCACACGGCUGACAUGCUGAGCAACAAGUUUAGGAUGAUGGUUGCCGACGUGGCGCUUCUCUUGUCUAAGAAGAGCGGCUACAAGCAACUCAUCAUCGCGUUGCCAGAUCGGGCGAGGACGACCUUGAUGCAACUGUUGGGCGACGUGGAGACCAUCCGCGACUUGCGCUACCAGCAGAUCACGGACGGCUUGGAACGCGACGAUUUCGACCUCGGCUCCGACAAGUGCGUUACCGAGUUCUGCGCAGCGCCGAAGGACGGCGAGGAGGCGGUGAAGGCCGCUGGCGAGCCAGCCGACGAGAUCGCGGCGGAGCCCGCAGCCGCGGACGAGGUACCUGGCGCGGCCCCCUCGAGUGGCGUCGGCGUCGGCGUGGCGUUGGAGUUCGACGUUGGCAGCGGCUUCGGCUUCCUGAAGUCCGCGCGGGCCAACGCGGGCAAGGGCAAGGGCAGUGGCACUCUGGCCGAGCAGGAAGGGUUCGCGGCGCGUGCCAUCAAGAAGGGCGUCAAGAAGGCCCACGUGAAAGCCGCGGCCAAGGCCAAGGCCAAGGCUAAGGCCAAGGCCAAGGCCAAGGCGCGCGCGAAGGUGGUGGCAAAGGCUUCGGUUGCUAAGGACUCGUCUUGGUGGUCGGAGAAGGUCUACAACGCCCGCGUCGUGCAGGCGAGCAGCCCGAAGCGGACGUGCAUCGUCGGCAGUUCCAAGAGCAACCCGACGAAGAAGCGCUUGAUCACGGAGAUCACCGAGGCGCAGCACCAGGACCAUUCUAGGUUGGCCCACCGCAUCUUGGUGCGGAUCGAGAAGGGCAGCGUGAGCAAGCACGACGCGCUGAAGCUUCGCGCGGAGAUGCUGAAGUGA